AUGAGUAAGAGGUAUUAUAACGAAAGUAGUGGUGGUAGAGGAGGAUAUCAUCAAGAGUACUACCGAGAAAGUAGUGGAGGUGGCUAUUCUUCAGGAAGCAGUUAUGGCCAAAGAUCCGAAGGCCUUCAAAUUAAACGCUACAAGGACACUCACCAUCCACCACAAGCAAGUUCUUCAUCAGGAUCCAUUUUGAAAACCAACUUUUAUCCCAUACGAAUGCUACCCAAUCGUCAAUUUUACGUUUAUAGCGUUUCAGUUGCAAUCAAUGCAGCAAGAGAAUCUUUACCUUCGGCAGACUAUGGUUGGGCAGAUUCCAUGUUGAAAAAUGUCUACUUUAAGAACAAGUUAUUUUACGUGUUGAGACGACAAGGCUUGUUAAACUUGGAUAGUCCAAGCCAACGAGAAAACAUUAAGGGUUUGCCAUUCUUUGAUGGAUCUAUUUUAGUGUCCAUAUUUGAAUUGGAGCAGUUUAAGGAAGCACAAAUACCUGGUAGCUUGCCACCCCUGUAUCAACAGCCACCACCUUCUAAAGUGUUUGACAUUUCUUAUAAGAGAAGAGAGAGCAUUAUUCCAUUUCGUAUCACAAUCUCAAAAAUUACGAGUAUUGGGCUCAAUCAAAAGAUUCAAGAUGUCAAAUUAGAUCAAGCUAUUUCCUUCUGUUUAGAAACUCUAUUUUUCAAUCAUUUGGAUAUGGUCUUGUUAGGAAAAGUCAUGUGCGAAAAGCAAGGUAAACGGGAAAACAAUUUCAAUAUUAGAAAAGGAAUAAUUCCAUCACUCAUAUUUGUCACUUAUGGCCUUCAUCUGAAUCUAACAUUCAAACAAAGGAUUUCUUCUUUCACUCCGAUUAUUCACAACAUUUAUCACUAUGUAAAAAACGGAACACCACGUGACAAAAUCUCUGAUUCAUACAGAGGCUGCAGUGUAAUAGUUAACUACAAUAACAAAUCGUAUGUGAUUAAGGAGAUUGAUUUUUCACAAACACCACUGAGUACCUUUAAAAAGAAUGGCAAUGAUAUUGCAUAUGUAGAUUACUACAAGCAAACAUAUGGAAUUGAAAUUACAGACUUGAAACAGCCUCUCAUUGCAAGUAUUGUCAAGAUGCGAAACCAGAAAAAGCAAAAGAUUUAUCUAAUUCCAGAGUUGUGCUAUGUGUCGGGAGUGCAACGGUCAGAGUUGAGAAAAAUUCCAAAAUCAACCGUACAACAAAAAGAAAUGUUUGUCAAGGACAUUGUCCAGAGAGCUAAUUCGGGAAAGGCUAAAGAAUAUUGUGAUUCUGUUGGGCUGGCCAUUGAUCAAACUCCUAUUCAAUUGAAUUUAGAGGUAUUGGAUACAUGUAGAAUUGUGUCGCCAGAGGUAAUACAAAAAAAAGACAAGUGGACCAUAUCUAUCAAAAAUUUGGAUAACUACUUUUACCAAAUGCAAGACAACUGGGUCGUUAUUGGCGAUUCUCGAGAUGUUGACGAAUUACUCCAUGUCAGUGAAAGGCAUCAACUACCUCGACCAAUAGACAUAAGAAUUCGCUCUAGUUCUAACUACAGACAAGACGAAUACAUUAGCGAGUUGGAACGAAUUAAGGACUGGAGUAGGAUCAAAUUCGUUUUUUGUCUUUUAAAGGAUACCAACAAAAUUCGUUAUGCAAACAUUAAGAGGUUUUUGAGCACAGAAAUCGGAGUACCUUCCCAGUGUAUUGUUUGUAAUUCAGGAGAUUGGACAAAACGACUACCAAAUAGCUUAUUUCAAAUUGCAGCUAAAUCAGGAUGUAUCAUUUGGACAGUAGAGAAGAAGGAAGAGGAAGGUUUCUUAUCCGUUUGUGGUGUUGAACUUCAAAGAAGAGGAAGAAUGGCAAAAGGAGCAGUCACAGUGAGUUUAAAUUCCACUUGUACUCUCUAUCACACAGUUACCUUCAAAAAUGUGGAUAUUGAUGUUGCAAAACUUGAAAUUAUCAAAGGUAUCAGAGAAGGCCUCGACCGUUUCGUCGAAAGAAAUCUCGAUUUACCUCCUAACUUAAUCAUUUAUUAUUCAGGACAAGAUUUUUUAGACAUUUCAGAGGCCAUUAAUGAUUUAAGGGAGCGGUUGCAAUCCCAGCAACGUGAACGAUAUCAGAGCGACGAGAUUAAUAACCACUUGUUCAAUGUGUGUCUGAUUAGCGUAAAUAAGGAUACAAAUGCAAGAUUUAAUACUGGUAACUAUGACAAUACGCCCGUAGGAACAUGUGUAACAACGCUCUCGAGAGUAUUCACACAGGAAUUUUAUUUGACCUCUUGUUUUAUUUCAGCAAAUAUUGGAUAUAGCAGGCCAGUACGAUAUCAAAUUUUGAGCAACACUACAAAAUUCAGCGUCGAUCAAUUGACAAAUAUUACAUUCAAGCAAACCCACCUGUACUUCAAUUGGAAUGGUACGGUGAGGUUACCUGCAGCUUGUCUCUAUGCUAAGAAGGCCACAGAGGCAGUCGAUACCACUCACGAAAAACCACAUCCCAAUCUACAAAACUCACUUCACUAUCUGUAA